AACAAAAAAUUUAAACUAUAAGUCACAAAAUUUGAAUGUGAAACUUUUAAUGGUUUUAGUAAUUUAUACUCGUUUUAAAAAAUUCAAAAUAUAACAUAUAAAGAAUUUUUUUAAUUUUUAUUAAAUGGUUACUAUGGUUAUUUAAUUUAUUUUAAUAGUUUAAAAUUAAAAAAAAAACAUAAUAUAAGAUUUACUUAUUUUUAUCAAAUCUUUAUUAAUCAAAGUCAUUAAUUGUAAUAUAUACUAUUGCCAUAUUAGAUAAUUCUGGAAUUUUAUUUAUGGAAAUAAUGAAGCAUAUUAAUAAUAUAUUUAUUGUUAGUUUAAUAAAAAAUUUAUUAUAUAUUUAGAUGGACCAACUUAUUCCUCUAAAGAUUCUAAGAAUCAUUAUAGUGAUGACAUGUGGCUAUAAAAAAAUGUUAUAAUGUUUUUCAAAUAAUAUAUAGGGGAUAUAUAUUAUAAUGUGUACGUAAGUUUAUAUCUACUAUACUAAUUGUGCACCCACUGGAAAAGAGGUCUGGAUUCACCCUUGGCUACGAGGCAAAUGAUGAGUAUAAACAAGUAACAAAUAAGUAACCUGAAGGUAAGUAACGAAACUGUGUUACAAAAAAAAAAAGGUAAGUAACCAAGCUUAUAUAUUAAAUUAAAAGAGCGAUUUCAAAUCCCAAACCAAAAAAUUACUGCAAAGAAACAAACCAAGCGACAUUUAAUUUCGCCCACGUCUUGUUUCAUGCUUGCAACAAGAUAAUCACUGAGAUUUGAAAGAGAUAAGAGGAUCAAUUUAUCAUUUAAGAAAAUAAAUCUCCGUAAACCAAUAAAACUAGAACUUUGAGGACUAGAUUUGAAACAUUAUUUCCCACGGUUUCCAUAUGUUUCUUCAUAUUUCGAAAGAUUAAUUUAAAAAAGGUUUAAUCAAAAUUAUGUUGCUGCCAGCCACACAGAAAUAUUUUAAUUUACUUUCUCGAGUUUUGUUCGUCUUCUUCACUCGUCCAUCAGUCUCUCCAAAUCAGUUUAUCACUCGCCUUUUCUGCUACAAUAUGAAGCACUUCUGUACAAUUCAAGGUUGUGUACCCAGAAUGGAAUUUGGAUUUUUAAGACAUUGUCUUGAGCAAAAUCUCACUCUUUCAUGGAACUUAAAGGCAUCAAGUUUGGCCACAACUUCAUAUCUCCAGAGACUUCCUUUAUCUAUGGUAGCUUCUUCACGAAAUCAUUACUACAAGAACAGUUUGCUCUUGAAGAGAUAUUUAGUCCGUGUCGGCAGCAGCACUGAGGAGGAACACUCAUUGUCACAAGAUUCACUCGAUGACUCUGUUUCUAGACCUCUCACUAGUGACGAGUUGAAGUCGUUGCUCAUCGAUAACCAGAGAUCGAAGCUUGUUAAGAAGUUGAGUGAAGCUAAUCAACAUAACCGCUUCCUCAAGCGUCAGCUUAAAACACAGGAGGACGAGAUAACUAACAUCAAAAGUGAGCUUGCAAUCAUGGAGCUCGAAGUUCAGGCUCUGGUCAACUUGGCAGAAGAAAUAGCAAAUCUUGGUAUUCCACAAGGGUCUAGAAAGAUUAGCGGAAAGUACAUUCAAUCACACCUUCUCUCUCGUUUAGAUGCUGUUCAUAAUAAGCUGAAGGAACAAAUAAAAGACGUGGAAGCUGCACAAUCCAAGGAAGUUAAUGUCUUCUGGAUUGGUAUGGCAGAGAGUGUACAAGUAAUGGGAUCUUUCGAUGGAUGGAGCCAACCUGAGGAUCUAUCACCCGAGUACACAGCUUCUUUUACUAAAUUUUCCACCACAUUAGUCCUUCGUCCUGGGCGGUAUGAGAUGAAGUUCUUAGUGGAUGGAGAAUGGCAGAUCUCACGUGAGUUUCCUACUUCCGGAGAAGGAAUGUUGGAGAACAAUGUUCUAGUGGUGGAAUAGUUGCAUCACCCAUUUUGGUCAUACAUAACCCAUCUGUUUUCAGACCGGUGUAAAUGAGAUGCUAGACACAACCCAUGUAACUAGGAGGUCUUUUACUCGCGGAUUUUUUUUAUAUUUAAAUGCCAUUCUGAGGUGUUUGAAUGUUUGAUACAAGGAGUAAUACAACAAAUAGGUGACUGAGAGGGAUACCGGAUUAAGGGGUCUUUGGAUCAAGAGAGACUCUAAAACAAACUAUUUUCUUUUGGGUUAAUCAACAAGUAUUGUUUUAGAUCUCUGAGUACUAAAGGGUGAUCUUUUUCCUGAAA